CUCUCCGUCAGCGGGUCCCUGGUUUGCUGCUAGCCCGGCCGACUGCGGCGCCCUUGCUGGAGAAACUAAGUUGCGGCGCUGCCCUGAAGCACCAUGUUGCAGUGCCUGGAGGGGGUGAAGCACCUCUGCGGCGUGCUCCUCAGCUUCUGCUGCGACAUCGACCUCAAGCAGCCCAGGGGCCUAGAAGACCCCGAGCUACUCGCCAGGGAGACCGUCUUUAGCGUGAGCGAGGUCGAAGCGCUGUACGAGCUGUUCAAGAAGAUCAGCAGCGCCGUGAUUGAUGACGGGCUGAUUAACAAGGAGGAGUUUCAGUUGGCGCUUUUCAAGACCAAUAAGAAGGAAAGCUUGUUUGCUGAUCGGGUCUUCGAUUUAUUUGACACAAAACACAAUGGAAUUUUAGGAUUUGAAGAGUUUGCCCGUGCGCUAUCAGUAUUUCAUCCAAGUGCCCCUCCUGAUGAGAAAAUUAACUUUUCGUUCCAGCUAUAUGAUUUGAAGCAACAAGGUUUCAUUGAAAGACAAGAGGUUAAGCAAAUGGUUGUUGCUACACUUGCUGAAUCAGGAAUGAAUCUUUCAGAUGAAGUCAUAGAGAGCAUCAUUGAUAAGACUUUUGAAGAGGCGGACACAAAACAUGAUGGGAAAAUUGACAAGGAAGAAUGGCGCAAUCUAGUUUUGAGGCAUCCCUCUUUGCUGAAGAACAUGACACUCCAAUACCUCAAGGACAUCACCACUACAUUUCCAAGCUUUGUCUUCCAUUCUCAGGUCGACGACACGUAAAAAUCCUGAGAAAUUUCUUACUAUGAUGGAAAAUCAGAAGAUAGUCUU